AUGGAGGGACCCGUGUUAACGCUGGGGCUGCUGGCUGCCCUGGUCGUGUGUGGCAGCUGGGGCCUGAACGAGGAGGAGCGGCUGAUCCGGCACCUGUUUGAGGAGAAGCAUUACAACAAAGAGCUGCGGCCCGUGGCGCACAAAGAGGAGACCGUGGGGGUCACCCUGGCCCUCACCCUCUCCAACCUCAUCUCCCUGAAAGAAGUUGAAGAGACCCUCACCACUAACGUGUGGAUUGAACACGGCUGGACAGACAGCCGGCUGAAGUGGGAGGCCGAAGAUUUUGGGAACAUCAGCGUCCUGCGUCUGCCCUCUGACAUGGUGUGGCUCCCAGAGAUAGUGCUGGAGAACAACAAUGACGGCUCCUUCCAGAUUUCCUACUCCUGCAACGUGCUCAUCUACCCCUCAGGCUACGUGUACUGGCUGCCGCCCGCAAUCUUCCGCUCCUCCUGCCCCGUCUCCGUCACCUACUUCCCCUUCGACUGGCAGAACUGCUCCCUCAAGUUCAGUUCACUCAAGUACACGGCCAAGGAGAUCACCCUGAGCCUGAAGCAGGACGAGGAAGACGGCCGCUACUACCCCGUGGAGUGGAUCAUCAUCGACCCCGAGGGCUUCACAGAGAACGGGGAGUGGGAGAUAGUGCACCGGCCGGCCAGGAUCAACGUGGACCCCAGUGCCUCGCCAGGCAGUCCCGGCCGCCAGGAUGUCACCUUCUACCUCAUCAUCCGCCGCAAGCCGCUCUUCUAUGUCAUCAACAUCCUGGUGCCCUGCGUGCUCAUCUCCUUCAUGAUCAACCUGGUCUUCUACCUGCCGGCGGACUGUGGCGAGAAGACGUCAAUGGCCAUCUCGGUGCUCCUGGCCCAGUCUGUCUUCCUGCUGCUUAUCUCCAAGAGGCUGCCAGCCACGUCCAUGGCCAUCCCCCUCAUCGGCAAGUUCCUGCUCUUUGGCAUGGUGCUGGUGACCAUGGUCGUGGUGAUCUGUGUCAUCGUACUCAACAUCCACUUCCGCACGCCCAGCACCCACAUGCUCUCUGAGGGAGUCAAGAAGCUCUUCCUGGAGACACUGCCUGAGGUCCUGCACAUGUCCCGUCCGGCAGAGGAUGGGCCCAGCCCUGGGACCCUGGUCCGGAGGAGCAGCUCCCUGGGCUACAUCUCCAAGGCAGAGGAGUACUUCUCGCUGAAGUCCCGAAGUGACCUCAUGUUUGAGAAGCAGUCAGAGCGUCAUGGGCUGGCCCGGCGCCUCACCACCGCACGUCGGCCCCCAGUAGGCUCUGAGCAGGCCCAGCAGGAGCUCUUCAGUGAGCUGAAGCCAGCUGUGGAUGGGGCCAACUUCAUCGUCAACCACAUGAAGGACCAGAACAAUUACAAUGAGGAGAAGGACUGCUGGAAUCGGAUAGCCCGCACAGUGGACCGACUCUGCCUGUUUGUGGUGACACCCAUCAUGGUGGUGGGCACAGCCUGGAUCUUCCUGCAGGGCGCCUACAACCAGCCUCCACCUCAGCCCUUCCCUGGGGACCCCUUCUCCUACCGGGAGCAGGAUAAGCGCUUCAUCUAG